AUAUACGUCAAAGUCAAAUCUUUCCGAAAUUCCAAAAACUUAAAUAUUAUUUGAUGUUUAUUCUGUCGGCACCUCGAAAUUUUGCCUCUAAUUUGAAAUUUGUUAAUUUAUUACUGCCUAAAAGUAGGAAAAACCCUGUUAAAUCGUCUCAAACAGUAAGGAACCUAAAAAUAUCUAAAAUGUCGAAGUCUGCGUUAGUGAUUAUCGCCCAAGGGGCUGAAGAAAUGGAAACCGUGAUAACAGUCGAUAUGCUGCGUAGAGCCGGCGUAUCGGUGACAAUGGCUGGCUUGGAUGGAAAUUCACCAGUGCUUUGCUCCAGACAAGUCACUUUGGUGCCUGAUAAAUCACUUGCUGAUGCAUUGGCUGAGAAACCACAGUAUGAUGCGGUUAUUCUGCCCGGGGGUCUAGAAGGUUCAGAUCGGCUAUCAAAAUCUGAUGUUGUGGGCACUUUACUGAAGGAGCAUGAAGGAUCUGGAAAAAUUAUUGCUGCUAUUUGUGCAGCUCCAACAGCAUUUGUAGCUCAUGGUGUAGGUAAAGGGAAGAAAAUAACAUCUUACCCAACUACAAAGGACAAAAUCACUUCAGAUUACACAUACAUUGAGGGUGAAAGGGUUGUCAUUGAUGGGAAUUUUGUUACUAGCCGGGGUCCCGGCACGGCCUAUUGGUUUGGACUGUCUUUGAUAGAGUUAUUGACUGGCAAAGAAAAAGCCGCGCAAGUAGAAAAAGGAAUGAUUAUCACUGGCUACUAAUUGAGAUGUUAAGAAAAAAUGUAUAGUCGCGAAAUAAAAUUGAGAUAUUAAA